AUGAUGAGUAUGUACGUGGAAACAGCCCGGGACCAUGAGAUUAUCAACCGAACGACUGCUGUUGCGCAGUGUCGAGGAUGGAGCAUGACGGAUGUCUUGCUGGCUUGGCUGACCAGGCGAGUUACGUCCCCUGUGCUCGGAUUCACCAGUAUAGCCCGUAUAGACGAGGCACUUGGUGCGCGAGGAAAGGCCUUGACGGACGAGGAAGAAGCCUUUUCAGAAGAGCUGUAUACCGCGAGGCGGAUAAUGGGCCAUCUUUGA